AUUCUCAGUCUAACUUUCGAGUUCAAACAGUUAACAUCGUUCGGCGGAGCAAAAUUUUCACGGCUUCUAUUUGGGCAUAAAAAAAUAAAAUCAACAAAAAAAAAUUUUCCGAUUUUGAAGUUAUUCAUCCCACACAGUUUUCAAAAUCGUUAAUAGUUUGUGUUUUUUUUUUGAGAUUCACCAAAGAUGUCGAACUCAUUUUCCUACUGGAACGGCCAGCCCGUGAAUGCGCCUGUCUAUCCGCAGAUGGGUGAUCUGAUGCAGCAGUCUGCCGGUGGAGCAGCAUCGGCGGCAGCAGCACUAGCAGGAUCUGGAUCUGGAGCAGCAGGAUCUGGCCCGGGAGGACUUGCCGGAUGGCCUGGCCAAGGAUCAGGUGCAGCUCAGAUGCCGGUCCAGUCGCACAAUCCAUUUGCCGCCGGAGGAGCAGGAAUGUCGGGAGUCGGAGGCGCUGUCCAACGGGGCAUGGCCAUGCCAAGUGCCCCACAGAUGGGCAUGGGUGACUAUGGGAACGUGAGCUCCCCGCUCACCUGCAACCUGCCCACCAACUUCUUUGGCCAAGGAUCUGGACAAUUCGAGCCCUGCAUCGACAAUGGCGAGGCCUUCUGCGCCUACAACGGCAUGGACAUGAGCAUGAACUACGGCGGAGGCAGUGCAUCCAAGGGCGGCUUCUGGUAGGACUCAAGCCAACACGAACCACACACUCCACCCCAUUGUCCAUCCCUGAUCACGGCAGCAGCAGCAGCAGCACUAGAUACCCAACUUGUUACGCAACCACAUCCAAAAUGUGGACCACUACACAUCGAUAACUACACUUCCACUCCACUUCCACUCCACUCCUUGCCCACGCCAACAAAGGAAGUUGGCGUUAGUCCGUUGGUGCAGUUAAAUAUAUAUUUUGAGUCCUUCCUGAAA